AUGAAGGUGCCGACAAGUCACAGCGUCAAUGAAGAACGGGACAUUCCCCCGAUAAGGUGGCGAGGACGGUACAACUUGUAGCUCCCUCGGAACCCUGAGAACACCAAGGGUCCCUGGUGUAUGAUGAUAAGGUCCCUGCUGCACUUUGAGAGGAAACUGCAAGGAACUGUAUGUUCACGAAGGCCGCCGAUAUAUUUUGCCACAGGGUUCAGAGUGGCCGCAAGCGUAUAGUGCUGAAUCACAUUGGUGCCAGGGCGAUGUCCGUGGUCGUAGCCGAGGCUGGCGUGUGCGCUUGCUUUAAUGGCGUGGACCACAGUCAUUUGGCCGACAACAUCAAACCAGACAAUCAACCAUUGACCUCGGAUAUUGAGGCGCCGUUACCGGGAUAUUAACGUCAUGCCCAUUACUGCAACAUGUCCCCGUGGAUUUAAAGCCUGCAUGGC